CCGGAUAGUUGAGUUUUAAACGCUUACCGAGGAAGAUGUGCCAUACAAUAACGCUUCUCGUGAUCCUGGCCAGUUCCUGGAGUCCAUCCAUGUCAUAUCUGCCCGAUGUAAAUAUCUUCACCAACUACCGAACUGAAGUUUACAAUGGCAUUCCCUCAGAGAUUGAUACCACACCAUUUGUGAGGAUCGGGGACAACUACUACUAUAUUGAGCCAACGAACAAGGUUAAUUGGUUCCAGGCAGCUGGCGCCUGUCGCAUGAUGAACGCCCACUUGGCCUCCGUUGAGGAUAAGCCGGAAAUGGAGGCUUUGAUCAAGUAUAUGAAGGCCAAGGGGUUCAAGAAUAACGACUACUUUUGGAUAUCGGGCAAUGAUCUGGGCACCGAGGGCGCCUUCUACUGGAUGUCCAAUGGCCGACCCAUGACCUAUGCCCCCUGGAAUGGACCUAAACAAAUGCCGGACAACUACGGCGGAAACGAGAACUGUGUGCACAUGUUUGCCACCCGGGAAAUGAUCAACGAUGCCAAUUGCAAAAUUCAGAUGCUCUAUGUUUGCGAAGCGACGGAGCCCAAAACUUUUAAAUUUACCUACAUUAAAUGGUAGUUUUUUUUUUUAUAAAAUGAGAGUUUUUGAUAAAAGCAAACUUAACAUAUAA